CAUUUUGCAAGAUUUUCGCGAGGGGCCGUCACACGAUUACUUGCGAUGGUGACGACGGAAUCGGCGGCGGCGGUGGAUGACCCGCAGUUGGGAAUUUCUCCAAAGGGACACGUCCAGUUCAACCUCAUGACGGACGCGGACAACGUGGUGCUCAUGAACGACGCAGGGGCCAACGAGAACAACCUGGAAGAAGGCGUUGUAGAAGGUAAUGGUUCGCCGGCCGAGCUCACAGACCCCACCCAAUUGGUUCUCCAAGCAUGCGCCGUGCCGAAGGGGAAGUCGAUGGACGAAACGCUGCGCAUGAACGAAGCGAAGGAGUACAUGGUCAAGCAAUUCGGCAUGAUCCAAGAACAAGUGGGGAUGAACCCAAAGACGCUUCAAUUCGACAGCUACAUCCCAUCGUCGGAUCCUCCCGAGAAAUUCGAAGUCGGGUACUUGAAAUGGGCGCAGGAAGCGUCAUUGGUGCGCAUCCGUCUGUGUUUUGCGGUGGGGUUUGUGUUUUUGGCGGCAUAUUUGGCGUACGAAGUCCAAAACGACUUAUUCACGGUGCGCACGGGGGUGCCGCGGACGAAUCCUGCGUCGGCGAUCAACCCCAAGAUCUCGACGUUGUUGUACAUUGUCACGUUUGGCGGUGGCUGCGGCGCGUUCGCUCUAGGGUACGCCGCCGCCGCGUCAUCUCGUAUUCAUCGUGUGUAUGGUGGUAGGUACAUCUUGGUGCAGCAGCCGUGGGCCGCCAAGCACGUGGAAACGAUCACGUUUUGGGUGUUUGCGGUCGUGGGGCUGAGCAUGAUCUUCAAGAAACCGCUUCAACAGCAAACCGGUCCCGUGCUGCCGCUGGUGAUCCUGAUCAUUCCCAUCUUUGGCAUCACGCGCAUGCGAUUCCUGCACAGCUGCGUGCUUGCGUGGGGCAUCUUUCUCGUGUACUUGACCGUGCAGCUCGUGAGCCUUCGCUUCAUCCACGCGAUCCCGGGCGUGUGGAAGUACGACAACGUGUCCGACAUCCUCUACCAAACCGUCAACUAUGGCAUCGGAAUCAUCGGCGGCAUGGUAUCCCAUUACCGCCAAGAGCUCACGCGGCGCCGCAACUAUGCGCUCAAGCUGCCGUUCGCGGGGCCGGCGCUGGACGACGCGCCCGUCGACUUUUCCGCCCAUUCUUACUGUGAAGAAUCGCUGUUGGAUCCGUGGACACUGGCGUUCCGCAAUCUCGAGAUUGAAGAGUACUUUUGCAAGGUAUGGUACCUCAUCGACCCGCAUCCGUACGAGAACCCGAACCGCGGCGACAUUCAUGAACACGUGUACUGGACGAUUCGGUAUGCUGUGCUCGGGGUAUGCCUCAGUCAGAUCGUGCUGGGCCUCCAAGAUGUCAAGCUGCUCCUGAUGAAGCACUUCUACUUUGAGUACGGCAUGGCGGCGAUUAUUCGGUUUGCGAUCGUCGUGCCGUGCUACUUUGUCGCGUUUUACUUUUUGUACUUACUCGGGAAAAAGUAUUGGCAAGUGUUUCUGCGACGUGGGAUGAGCCAAAUGGACCUGCAUGAGGCCGUGGCCAAGGACGCGAGCCGCCGCCACACGAUCAAAACGCAGUGGGUCGAGUCCAAGGGCGGGUACGUCCGGUCGGCCCAAGUGUUUUCAGUCGUUGUGGUCGCCAUCCACGUGUGCAGCAUGAUGGUGCUGCUGCUCCAAGUUGGCCGCGCCUUCAUGCACAACUACACGGACAAGCAGCCGAAACCGUCCAAGCCAAAUGUGUACUUUAUGGGGUUACUCAAUGCCAUCUUGUUUGCGCACAGGUCAGGGUUCAAGCUCCGAUUUGUGUACGGGUUCCGGUCCACGUCUGUGCUCAUCGUGCUGUUUAUCUUUUUUGCGUCGCACAACUUGCAUUUUGACCCGUGGGAGUACCUGUGGCUCGAGUACACGGGGUUCUUGAUCUGCACCCAGGUGCUCGGCAUGAUGAUCUCGCACGAAGAAGAGUCUCUGCGCCGCAACUUUUUCAUCCUCAAGUCCAUCCGCAUCCUCGAGUUUGAAACGUGGUUUGCCGGCGUGCUCGUCAUCCAGAAGCGCGUCCGACGGUUCCUUAAGCGCCAUAAGUCGCGCAAGCAGCUGCUGCUCCAGACGUCGACGUCGGGCGGCGACGGGCCGACAAAGCCGCCGGUCGCGACCAAAUCGGUGGCCCACGCGCAGGCGUUCCUGGCGCGGGCGUCGCUCCUGGGCUGCCGCGCACAAAUGAUUCAAAUCGCGGUGGUCCUCUUUGACGUGAUCUAUUCCGCCUUGACCACGUAGUAAACACCCACUUUAUACCACCGUAUGCGUACUACUUACUCUUGUCAACGCCAACGUUUUGAGCUUUAACUAGUAUGUAUAUAUAUAUAUAUCUAGUAUAUACUAUUGUCAAAUCGAUUC